UUGUGUUGGCAAUUGUUACGUGAAAAAUCAUUAUAUCAGGGCGAGCUUCAGUCCGGUGGUUAACAACUAUUUCGUUGCAUAAUAUAAUAAAGUCCAGCGAGCAGGAAAGCCCUCGAAGAUGAUCAAGACUGGGAAUUUUUCCAAGCUCAUCAAGUCCACUAGCCAAGUGGUGAGUAACAGUUACAAGACUAGCAACAAGGCUGCUGUCAUCGGAAAGAAGGAUGUCACCCAACCACCAACCUUGUUGUUAACCAAUGGCAAUUUGGCCAAGAGCUUGCCCACAGGCAACUUCUAUGUGUGCUCUGGUCCUGGAGUCACCACCCAAGUCAGGUUUGCUCACACUGAUAUCAAUGUGCCAGACUGGUCUUCGUACAGACGCCAAGACAAGAAGUCAACUGAGUCCGAAGACACCCGCAAAAACUUCACUUACUUGAUUGCUGGUGCUGGCACCGUUGGCGGAGCUUAUGCAGCUAAAUCCGUCGUGACCCACUUCAUUUCCUCAAUGAGUGCGUCUGCUGAUGUCUUGGCUAUGGCCAAGAUUGAAGUCAAGUUGUCUGACAUCCCCGAAGGCAAGAGUGUCACCUUUAAAUGGAGAGGUAAACCUUUGUUCAUCAGACACAGGACUGGCAGCGAAAUUUCCACUGAACAGGGUGUCCCAUUGAGCCAGCUUCGUGACCCUGAGAGUGAUUCUCAGCGUACCCAGAAACCGGAAUGGCUCGUCGUCAUCGGUGUGUGCACUCACUUGGGAUGCGUGCCAAUCGCGAACGCCGGAGACUUCGGAGGUUACUACUGUCCGUGUCACGGUUCUCACUACGAUGCUUCGGGAAGGAUUCGUAAGGGUCCAGCACCUCUUAAUCUUGAAGUACCAACAUACGUCUUCGCCGAUGACGGCUCCCUAGUCGUCGGUUAAACGAUCGACCUUUUUAAAUCAAUUAUCUAUAUUGUAUUUUAUAUUUAUUUCCGACCCGACACCGAAAUAUAGAAGAAUAUAAAAGAGGUUCUGUUUCCAUCAAUGUUGAGAUUCUUGAUGAACCAAAUGUGAUUUUUUAGAUGUUGGAAUAGUAAAUUACUACAAUUAA